AUGGGAAUUAAGCACUCAUCCCGCUGCAUGCUCCUCAGGAGAAAAAUGGCGGAGUCUGAGAACACUGAGCAACCACAGUCGCAACCAGAGCCAAUCCGCAUAAUUCCAUCGCAAUCGGCACAGCCAACCUCGUUACCCAAGCCUGUGCCUUCUAUCCAGCAUGCCCCUCGGCCUCCUCGUCCACCGCACAUGCCCCAUGCUGCCAGCCUCCCUAGCUGUCCAGGGAGGGGCAAGAUGGCCAAGUUUCUUAACCCAGAGGAGAUGACCUCGCGAGACUACUACUUUGACUCUUAUGCGCACUUUGGUAUUCAUGAGGAAAUGCUGAAGGACGAAGUGAGGACGCUCACCUACAGGAACUCCAUGUAUCACAACAAGCACAUCUUCAAGGACAAAAUAGUGUUGGAUGUUGGAAGUGGGACUGGGAUCCUUUCCAUGUUUGCAGCCAAAGCUGGGGCAAAGCAUGUGUAUGGGAUUGAGUGUUCCAGUAUAUCAGAGUACUCUGAGAGGAUCAUCAAGUCCAACCACCUUGACAGCAUUAUCACCAUUUUCAGAGGCAAGGUAGAGGAGGUGGAGCUUCCUGUUGAAAAGGUUGACAUCAUCAUAUCUGAAUGGAUGGGCUACUGCCUCUUCUAUGAAUCCAUGCUCAACACGGUCAUCUUUGCCCGGGACAAGUGGCUGAAACCUGGUGGACUAAUGUUUCCUGACCGAGCCUCCCUGUAUGUGGUGGCCAUAGAGGACAGACAGUACAAAGACUUCAAAAUCCAUUGGUGGGAGAACGUGUAUGGCUUUGACAUGACCUGUAUCCGUAAUGUGGCCAUGAAGGAACCCCUGGUAGAUGUAGUUGACUCCAAACAGGUGGUGACCAACUCCUGCCUGGUUAAGGAAGUGGACAUAUACACAGUGAAACCUGAGGACCUGUCCUUUACAUCAGCUUUUUGCCUGCAGAUCCAGAGGAAUGACUACAUCCAUGCACUGGUCACUUACUUCAACAUUGAGUUUACUAAGUGUCACAAGAAAACAGGUUUUUCUACAGCUCCAGAUGCUCCAUACACCCACUGGAAGCAAACAGUAUUUUACCUGGAGGAUUAUUUGACAGUGCGAAGAGGAGAAGAGAUUGUUGGCACUAUAGCCAUGAAGCCCAAUGAGAAAAAUGUUCGUGAUUUAGACUUUACCUUUGAGCUGGAUUUCAAAGGGCAGCUGUGUGAAGCAGCCAUAUUCCACGACUACAAGAUGCGUUAAGUUUCGCUGUGGGGACAUUGGUGCCCCACUGAGUGCAACUCCUGAGCACCAGAGGGAGACCGAGAUGCUCCCAUGACCACAGACAGAUACACAGUGGGACCUGAGACUCACAGAGUAAGAGAUCAGACCAGGUUAAAGACCCGGUUUAGGUGGAUCCAUCAACCAUGAAGGCAGGAUGUUGACUGUUAAGCAAUUCUGAAUGUAACACUGGCAAAAUGAGUCAGGAAUAUGUUCUAGUCUUGAUGAAUGUUAUUAUUGAUAUAAGUAUAUGUGAGAUGCAGUGAUGUACCUGUGUGUUUUCCUUAGUAUUUGUUUUCCACAAUAA